AUGAAGGAGUUUCAGACGACCGACCUUGGCCUCAUGACAUACUUCCUUGGUGUUGAGUUUCACAAGUCCGAGAAAAGACUGCUCAUGCACCAAAAAAGGUAUGUGUUUGAGAUUUCGAAGAAGUUGGAAAUGGAACAUUGUAAUGUUGUAAUUACUUCAACUGAACCGCAACUUCAGUUUUUGAAGAAUGGGGAUGAGCAAAAUGUUAAUCCAACCCAGUAUAGAAGGUUGAUUGGAUCAUUGCGUUACUUGUGCAAUACACGAUUGAACUUGGCAUUUAGUGUCAAUAUUGUGAGUAGAUUCAUGAAGAGACCGAAGAUGUCUCACUUGGAAGAUGUCAAGAGAAUUCUAAGAUAUGUCAAAGGAUCUAUUGGAUGUGGAAUUCUCUUUCCCGCAAUGGACACAAGAAAAAAAUGCAAUUUGCUUGGUUUUCCAAUUCCAUUUGGUGCGAAGAUAAAGAUGAUAUAA